AUCAUUGUAGCAUGUACGAGUAGGCAUGCAGCGAAUGAGGCGACGAGUCCUAGUGGCUUGCAAAGGCGUUGUGGCUCUCGCUUGCGCUGCUGUCUUUCCCGCCAGUCUUCGAAAAUCUUGUACCUAUUGGUCUUAUAAGGUUUGAUGGCUUUUCCGGAAGCAAAUCGGAAGCAAGCGGAUGCAACAGCUUGUCGCGCGAAACGGGAUCCGCAAACUAUAUAAAGGUCGCCCGAUCAUCCUCAAUCGCCCAAUCGUCAAGCGUGCCAGACUCAACAUUCACCUUCACUUCGAUCAUCAUAUCCUGCACCGUCCGCGACCGUCGACUCCUCGAGAUCGAUCAACCACAAUCGUUUACACUAUCACUCGGGUUGCAAUCAUGUUCUUCCAAAGAAUCCGCACAUUCUUCUUCGGUCCUACUCCCACUUCUGCUCCCGAACCCGCGGCCGCACCAAGACUUGGCCUUAUCGUCCUUCGGGAAGUCAGAGCCAUGCGCAAGGAGUUAGACAGUCUGAAGAAGAAGCGUUCGCGUCGUCGCAAGCGGAGACUGCUAGACCCGGCAUCACGCCGAUCGCCGCCGCCGUCUUCUGAGUCCGAGUCCGAGUCCGAGUCCGAGUCCGAGACAGACGAAGAGGACACCCGAUCGGACCCCAGCAGUCCCGUCGGCGAGUCCGAAGCCGAGCGACCCGACCCCGCCAUCGAGUCCUCGCCUCGGCCUGUCGUCACCUGGCCGGGGAUCUGCGCCAUGAUCGCCGUCGUAGGUUACGUCACCGUCGAGCUUCCGUUGCUCCGGUCGCUUCGCCUGUUUUGCCACCGCCCUGGCAGAGACACCUUUGAGAUCGUCAGGUCCGUAUUUGAUCGAACCUUCUAUUCGAUGUUUCCGGGCAUCAUUUUUCACCGGAACAAGGGGAUUUUCUGGCUUGGCGGAACACCGGCUCGGGAAGCGCUAUAUUCGUCCGAUCGGAGCUUAGCGGCGUCACACCACCUCGUCGUCGCUCUCCUCGGGUGGGUCAGAAACGACAACCCGCCGACUCGAUCGAAACUGCUCUUCGCAUACGUCGGCAUGGUUUCGGAAGCGACAGGGACAGAAGUAAAGGCUCAGCUACCUCGACCUCAAAUCCCCGUAUUCGACAUACCUGACGGGCAUCUAGGAGAUAUUCCUCAAAUCCUUCCUUGCGAAGGCGGAGUUCAGGCGGUCGUCAACUCACGGGGGAUGAUUACGCGAGACGGGACGGCUUGGGAGUAGAAAAUCCUUUCAACCACCUUGCAGAUCGAGAUCGCGAUAUCCGUCGGUGUUCCGUUGGCUCUUUUGUCUUUUGUCUUGUCGCGUUGUCAGCUUGC